AGCAUGCCAUCUCUGUCUUCGCUGCUGGCGCUGCUAGCCCUGACCACGCCCAGCUUAGCCGGCAGCUACUCCUACAAUAUGCGCGGCACAGACGUUGUCGGCCCCGCCAGCGGCACGCCCCCACGUCUGGUCAACAAGCUAGUGGUGCAGUCUCCCACACUGGACAACCUCUACAUGGACUACUUGGUGACCUCGCACCCGCUCAACCUGCGCAAAUACAACAAAAACGGCAGCAAAACGAAGAAGACCAAAAAGGACUCGAAAAUCUACUUCAUACCCAUACCGCCGCUACCGUAUCGCUAUAUACCCGGCGUUGGCUACGACUAUCAGCCCAUGAAAAUCAAGCCCAUACUGGAAGAGGCGCCCAGCUCAACGACCACGACCACGCUAAGGACUACAACAACGACAACGUCGCCCAGGCCAACAACAACAGCAACUCCCAUGACCACAUCGACCACGCAGAGCAAGCUGCUGCGCGUCCAGCAUCGCAAGGAUUACUAUUUCAAUGGACGUCCCUUCCGGUUGCAGGUGGCGCGUGCCGACCACAGAUCCGCACUGACGCCCCUUAAUCUUAAGUCCAAAUUCUAUUACAAUAAAAACAUUAUUUAUUAA